AUGCCGCACCAAGCCCAGCCGAGUGGCUCGGGCGCCCGCCAAUGGGACCAGCCACAGGCCGUGGGCAACCAGGCCGCCGACGUGCCCUCGAAGCGCGACCUGACCUCGUGGUGGAGACAAUUCAAGCGCGGGAAUGCGAAGAAAGACGAGGACAAGGGUGGGUUCCUCCACCUCUGGAGGCGCAUGCGGACGACCUUCGUCAGGCUUCGCAUUCGCGCCGCGGCCGCCGUCAGUCGGCAAGUCGGCCGCCUGGCGAGCGCCGUCCUCCGGCCCCUCCAGAUUGCUUUGCGCGCUGCCACUUUGUGUCGUGAGCUGAUCGUUUUUUACUACGCAGAGCCAGAGAAGCCCCGCGGCAUCUUUGGGGUGCCUCUCCAAGACAGCAUCAAGUACGCCAACGUCGCAAUCUCGCUGUUCAACGAGGAAGGCGAGAGCUACAUCUAUGGUUACGUGCCCAUUGUCGUCGCUAAAUGCGGGGUUUUUCUCAAGGAGAAAGCCGUCGAUGUCGAAGGUAUCUUCCGUCUGAGCGGAUCCGAGAAACGCAUCAAAGAACUUCGCGAAGCGUUCAACUCUCCUGAUCGCUACGGAAAGGGCCUGGACUGGACUGGAUACACUGUGCAUGACGCUGCAAACAUUCUCCGCCGAUACUUCAACCAACUGCCUGAGCCCAUCAUUCCCCUCGAGUUCUAUGAGUCGUUCAGAGAUCCGCUCCGCAACCACCAAGCUCAAGCUGUGGGCCCAAUGGACGGUCAGAAAGAAAGCAUUGGAGAGUUCGACAUGGACAACGCGAUCCGAGUCUAUCAGAGACUCAUCACGGAGUUGCCUCCGCUCAACCGCCAACUUCUCUUGUACAUUCUGGACCUUCUCGCCGUCUUUGCUUCCAAGUCCGACCUAAACAAGAUGACCACAGCGAACCUUGCCGCCAUCUUCCAGCCUGGAAUCCUGUCCCACCCCACUCACGACAUGGCCCCGCCGGAAUAUCGUCUCAGCCAAGACGUGCUCAUUUUCCUCAUUGAAAACCAGGACAACUUCCUCAUUGGCAUGCAGGGCACCGAGGCCGAUCCUAAGACGGUGGAGGAGGUGGAAAGUGGGCCCUCGACCCCAUCGGGCAAAGCCCCGACGACGCCGACCCGCUCCAAGACCACCAUAGGCAGAUCCUCAUCGAAUGCUAGUGCCGGCGCUGAAAGUGUCCGCAAGCAAGGAAUGAUCAGGAGGAAUGUCUCUGUGUCGUCCAGGAAAUCCAAGACUUCUGGCACAAUAGCUACUCCGAGCCCGGUCAACACGCAAUUUUCAAGCGGCGUCCACAGGAGCAAUACGGUGCCGUCCAAGAAAUCUCCGGCAGUUGCGGGAAAGCGAUUCUCCCGAGAACACAACGAGCAAAGUCCCGGUGCUCCUCCAACCCCAAGGUCGCCCGCAGUCGCCUCGAUUGCUAUUGCUGAGCCUGCCAGGCCGGUGGACGCAGUCAGCCCCCCUACCCGGCCCACUCACAUGAUUACCGCACCUUCCAGUGAAGAUACUACCCCGUUGGCCCCCCCAGCAAACAUAUCGUCUUCUUCUGGGCUUCUGCCCCACAGCCAAACCCCGCAGAAGCCGAGAGCUGAGAGCUCGGAUCGGGAGAAUUCAGGAUUUCGUUCCUUUUCAAGCAUGUUCCAAUCAUCCCCCCAUUCGGAUAACGAGUCCAAGGAAAAGCGCAGGCCCAACAAGCUGCAGAAAAAACGUGCUCCGAGCACCAACCCAAGCGCAGCAAGCUCCACCAAUUCUCUCCAUGGAUCUCACGUUGGGGGACCACCAUCACCACUUCCAGGGGGAGUUGCGGCAGGUACGCCACUCAAAGACCAAGGACCUCAUAUUGCACCGAUAGCUGAGAACUCACCCCUAAAGGCAACGGCGAGCGCUAACCCGCUCGAACCCAGCAUGUCACCCAGCGCAUCCAUGCGCUCGCAUUCAACCGUCUCCGGCGGGUACUCGGAAGCUGAGCAUGGAGACGAUUCCACAGCGGCUGAGAACGCUGAGAAGGAAAGGAAGCGUGGCUGGCGCAUAUCUCACAGGAAAGAAGGCUCCAAGCCCUUGAACGAAAACAAUCUCGGUUCUGUCUCAGGAGCCGAACAAAGCAUGAGCUCGGUCAGUUCGAAGGGCGGCCGCAAAAGCCUGAGUCUUGAUCCGACCGAAGCCUCAAGCUCGACUGCCGCUUGGAACGAUAACAACAGAGAAGGAGACAAGAAGAACCCUUUCGACUGGUUCCGUGGAAAGAUUGCUGAGCGGAAGGAGCGAGAAGAAGCCAAGCAGCGUGCAAAGAGUCCACCCAACAACCGCAUUGACCCGAGCUCGCCAAGCUCUGAACGGUCCGGGCACCGAUCAACAUCCAGCUUGGCUGCCUUGACUCAGCAUCGCAGAGGUCGUUCGGUAGAACAAUUGCCGCGGCCCAUGGAGUUUUCGCCGCCGACUGUGCUCGAGGCGAAGGAGGAAGCGAAGGUGGCGGGGCUCACCCCUCCCAAGACCGAGUCGGAGGAGGCUACUCCGACGCAAACGCCGGGUAGUGCGAGCACGGCUCCUUCCGCUUCUCCAUUAGCGACUGUGAACUCGGCGACUCCCGCUGUGGCUGCUCCCGAGGUUCGUCCCACAGAGGGACCAGUGUUUGCUUCGGCAACGCAAGGCGCACCCGCUCAGACGGCACCUACCCAAACGGCAUCUACUCCGACGGCACCCGAGGGAGGGUCUACGGUCUCGCGUCCUCAGUCACCGAGGCAGCAGCAGACAGUCCGGUCCAUGCUGGACGUCUAG